GAGCCGGCUUGGCUUGCGAGCUCCGCUGAGGAGCCGGAGGUUGGCCUGCAGUUGCCUCCGCGUCCGCUCCUGGUCUUUGGUCCCUCGGCGGCAUGGCGUGCGGGGCGACGUUGAAGCGGCCCAUGGAGUUCGAGGCGGCGCUGCUGAGCCCUGGUUCCCCGAAGCGGAGGCGUUGCGCCCCUCUGCCCGGCCCCACUCCGGGCCUCAGGCCCCCGGACGCCGAGCCGCCGCCGCUGCUCCAGACGCAGACCCCACCGCCGACUCUGCAGCAGCCCGCCCCGCCCGGGAGCGAGCGGCGCCUUCCAACACCGGAACAAAUUUUUCAGAACAUAAAACAAGAAUAUAGUCGUUAUCAGAGGUGGAGACAAUUAGAAGUUGUUCUUAAUCAGAGUGAAGCUUGUACUUCGGAAAGUCAGCCUCAUUCUACAGCACUCACAGCACCUAGUUCUCCAGGUACCUCCUGGAUGAAGAAGGACCAGCCCACUUUUACCCUCCGACAAGUUGGAAUAAUAUGUGAGCGUCUCUUAAAAGACUACGAAGAUAAAAUUCGGGAGGAGUAUGAGCAAAUCCUCAAUACCAAACUAGCAGAACAAUAUGAAUCUUUUGUGAAAUUCACACAUGAUCAGAUUAUGCGACGAUAUGGGACAAGGCCAACAAGCUAUGUGUCCUGAAGCUUUCUUGCAUAUCUGGGUACCAGGUUUGACCUCAAGAGAUGGCUGCUGUACACUUUUUGCAACUGGUUUGGUAUCACAUUUCAGCUCCAACUUUGCAUCCUGAGAACACUUAAACGUUUCUGCAGGUCCAUUUUAUACAACUUGAAAGACCUUAAAACUUUCUGGUUGCCACAAGCAUAUCUUUCUUUUCUGCUCAUCCAAUAAACAGCUGUGCCCUACUGUGA